CGAGUGGGCGUGUUUGGAUCCUCCCAAACUGGGAUCCACUCCUGCCCCGUACAGCGGCUUCCCUCGCGCGCCGCGCAUCUUUCGGAUCCUCCAUCAAGCGCGGUUAUUAACGUGAAACACCCAGGAGCGUGAGGAAACAUCCACGCGGAUCCAUCUAGGGAGGGAGAGCAAUAAGGUUCAGAGUAUUCUUUGUUCUCACUUGGCUGGAAGGAUGGUCAUUUUAAAACUUUUGUCACACAAGAUGAAAAGAGAAAGAGGAAACCAUCCCUAUGCAGUAGAAGUCCUCUUUGGGUUCCUCUUGGCUGUCUUUCCUGGCACCAGUGCCUGUCCUAAGCUUUGUGCCUGCUAUGUCCCGACUGAAGUCCACUGCACCUUCCGGUAUCUAACUACCAUCCCACUGCACAUCUCUCAAAAUGUUGAACGCAUCAAUUUAGGUUACAACAAUUUGGUUAAGCUGACUGAGACAGAUUUUUCUGGCCUGGACAAACUGGAAUUGUUGAUGUUGCACAGUAAUCAGAUACAUACAAUUCAAGACAAGACAUUCUCUGAUUUACAUUUGUUAAAGAUCUUAAAGAUGAGCUAUAAUCAAAUCAAAGUUAUUCAAGCAGACACAUUUCAUGGUCUCGUGGCUUUGGUACGUUUGCACCUGGAUCAUAAUAAAAUUGAAUUUGUAAACCCAAAAUCUUUCUAUGGUCUCACAUCAUUGAAGUUAGUCCAUUUGGAAGAAAAUUUACUUAAACAACUUCAUCCAGAUACUUUUGUCACUUUGAGGUACCUCAAGGUGUUCAGAACAUCUGCCAUAAAGCAUAUCUACUUGUCAGACAACUUCCUGACUUCUCUGCCACAAGACAUUUUCUCAUAUAUGUCUGAACUAGAAAGUCUCUAUCUUCAUGGAAAUCCUUGGACUUGUGAUUGUGCUUUGAAAUGGUUUGCCAAAUGGGCAGAAAGGCAUUCAGAUGUUGUAAAAUGCAAAAAAGGCAAAGAGGCUACAGAUGCACUGCAAUGUCCAUUGUGCACCAACCCCAGGAAUUCUAAAGAAAAACACUUAACUGAAAUUCCACUACCUUCAUUUAAUUGUAGUAAACCAAGUAUAGACACAGAUUUAAAAUUGAAAACUGAAACUAUGGUAGAUGAUGGAGAAUUCACUUCAGUGUCUCCCAAAGAUUUUAUGGCCCCUAUAGGAUCUGUGUCAUUAAACUUAAUAGACCAAUCAGGAAAUCAAGCAAACAUAGUUUGUAAUGUACAGAAACCUUCAAAAAUGUCUCCAGUUAUAUUUACAAAAACAGAUAAUAACACGCUACUUGAAAUAUCAUUGUCAACUUUUCUUAAGUGUAGCAUUGACCACAGUCGUAUUCAUCAACUGUGGAGUAUACUUGCUCUUUAUAGUGAUUCUCCACUAAAAUUGAGACAGGAACACUUAUUAACAGAAAUGCCUUAUAUUCGUUACAAGUACAAACAAAUAGAUUCUAAAAAUGAAGACCUUUUCACCGACAUAGAAGCUGAACUGACAGCUGAGCCUCCUUGGUUGAUGCAGAGUCAAGUGUCAAUGCAAUUGGACAGGACCACAACUACACUCAAUAUGCUGCAUAUCCAAUAUUCAAUAGAUGCUCAAAUCAUUCUUCCUGAUGAUGUCCCAAAGCCCACCAAACAAACGUGGGCCAUGAUCUUACGAGACAAGAAUUCCAAAACUGAAUAUUCUGUUUUAGUCAAUAGUUCUGUAGAAUUGGAUUGCCAAGCAAUUGGAGACCCUGUCCCUGUAACUGAGUGGCUAUUACCUGAUGGGACCAAGGUUAAGGCUCCAUAUGUAAGUGAAGAUGGAAGAAUAGUGAUAGAAAAAUCUGGUAAGCUCUCACUACAUUCAGCAGAUCAUUUUGACACUGGACUUUAUCACUGUAUAGGAACCAACUAUGAAGAUGCUGAUGUCUUAACUUUUAGAAUUACAGUGAUAGAUCCAAGUCUUAAGCACAAACUUUUAAAUGCACAACAGCUUUCAGUGUUUUUAGGUGAAAGUAUUGAUCUUCCCUGCCUCUCUACAGAUGGCCCAAGUGCCUCUAUUAAUUGGGUCAUACCAGGAAACAUGAUUCUUCAUAGUUCUUUUAAAAAUAAACUUCUGUUUGACAAUGGCACAUUAAAAAUACAACCAAUAACAGGACAAGACAAUGGCCACUUCAUGUGUAUAAUGGCCAAUAAAUAUGGUGUAGAUUAUUUGGUUUACGAAUUACUUGUUAAAAGUAAUUUGAGCAAGUCACAACACCUUAUAAAAAAAGAUACUCAGCUAAAUAGUGAAGCAACAGAAGGGUCUGGCAACCAAGAACAUGACUUUAAUGGUCAAAUUAAAAAAUUUCCUUCGGUUCCUGCUGAGGUAACCAGCCAAACAUCCAUGCAAAAUUCAUUUACAAAUUAUUACAUACAAAAUAAAACCAAAAACAACUACAAAGAAGUAUACAGGAUCAAUAGAGGCAAGAUAAGCAGAAGGUUUAGAGGACAAAAGAGAUUUGGUCUCUCUACCAAGAGAAUCAAUCCAUUGCAUUGGGCGACAUUUUUAGAAAAAACAAGGAAUAUCACAUUGUUAAGAAGACAAGAAAAUAUAACAGUAAAACCAACCGAAAAGAUAUUUCUGUCUUCAAAGAGCUCAGGAAAUGAAGAAGAGAUAUCUGGAGAUGAUAUAUUAGCCGAGGAAGAACUUAUAUUUCUAGCAACUAGAAGACCUUCAAAAUACACCUUGAGAGAAGCAUCAGGAAAUGUAGUGACAGCAAAAUUUGGAAGUAUAUCAGAUAAUUACAGCUCUUUUGCAACACAUACCACAGUUACAGAAUCAGAACCUUCAGCAACCAGUUCUAUGGUUAUGCGGUCUGAGACACCUACGAACCAGAAUUGGCUAAAUAAGCCAAAACCUGAAAUAAAAGGAAUAAGCCUUGAAAGAUACCAAACACUGCCUACGCCACCAACCCUGAUGGAAGUAACAAUGCCCUCAUUCUUUAAAGAACCCAACAGUGCAGCAAACACUUCAAAUUCUUUUCAGACAUUGGUAACAUCUGAAGAAGCUAAUGUCUAUUUUAAAAGCAAGCCAACAGUAACACCAACAGUGGCUAUUACUAAUAAUAGCCAAUUUAUAAUUUCACACAAAAUUGUUGAAAAACCUGAUUUAUUGGCAGAAAAUGCUAAGGAAGUGUCAAAAAAAUCAAACCAUCAAGUGCCCUCAACAGCAAUCAGUCUGUCUAAUGAUGCAUCGCAACAUGGAUAUACUUACAGUAGAAAAAAAAUUACAUUUCAGGUAUCUCCAGGCUCAACUAUUCUUACCCAGCAACAGAUUGAGGUAGCUAAGGAUUCUGCAACUCAUAGUCCAUUCCCCAGAUGGUACAGCAGACGAAGAAAAACCUUUGGAAGAAGACGAAUUAUUAGACCUGACCGUAUUCCCAGUAAUGCAGGGCAUAGAUUUGCUUUUCCUAGAUCAGGGUUUGUUCCAGAAAGCUCAAGUCUUACUCUCCCUGCAGAAAUAAGCAUACCAACUCCUUCUAAUAUAUCUGUUGAAUCAUUUAGCCCACAAACAUUUAUGUAUGCAUCGAUCAAACCUCAGUAUCCAAAAUCAACAAUUUCAAGUCACACUGUGAUAUCCUCAAGUAACAAGAUAGAUACAGAUGAAGUGUAUGAAGCUUCUACAACUCUCCCCUUCUUCUCUAAAAGCACCCAGAUUGCUCCACAAAGAAAAGUAAAAUCAGAUAUACAUCAAGCAAUCCCUGAUAUAGAUGCAUCAGAUAACAUCCAAUUCACAACUGAUAUCCAUAAAUCUAAGUUUAACAGAAAAAGUACAUUUACCGGAGCUAAUAUAUUACCUUUCAUGAUCAAAUCCACUAUUCCCUCUUUUAGUACCCAUGAUGUCUCUUCCAGUGUUUCAAAUGGAGAAAUACCAUCACCUAAUGCUUUUGUUACCAGCUAUGUCCAAAAAGAGCUACUGCAGAAGCAAUUGAUAAUACAAACAAAACCCACAUCUGAAAUACCUGUUAUAGAUUUUCACACCUCAGGCCCAACAUUCAAAAAUUCACCAAUAUAUGAAACUGAUGUUUCCAAAAGUGACAAUCAAACCGAUGUUCCUAUAGACUCAUAUCAUAUCACACAUAUCAGUGAGAAUAUAUCAUUACUAAAAGACAAUUCAAUAGUAUCACUCAGUACUACAGAAUCACAAUCCCCAGGGCUUAUGUACAACCUUACAACUGAUCUUAAUAAAGAAACUGAUACUACAACAGUCCAACUGAUUCAUAAUCCUGCUACCACUUCUGCAAACAAGAUUUUCAAACUCAAAACAUUUCGAAGACAAAGAAAGAAGGGUCAAAGGAGGAGAAGACCUCUGCAAAAGUCAAUGCCUUUCCAUAGAAACAUUUCGAUCAAAGAAUUUGUAAUACCCUUUAAAAAAAUUAUUCCUUCUCCUAUUAUGAAAACAAUAAAAAAUGUAACUGAACCUCCUAGUCGCAUACUGACUGAAUUGUUUCCAAAAUUCACCACUAUGGAUAUAGAUGCAGUUACACCACAACCAGCAAUUCUUAGCACAGCAGAUAUAAAAAAAGACAAUACAUUCUUAAAUACCACUCAGGAAUCCCUGGACAAUGCUUAUACCAUUAAGCCACCAAUGGAACUGUCAACUGAAAAACUUUCAUCUACAGCUCCACAGGUUGAAAUGUCAUGGGAUACAACAAAGAUAAGCACAGCAUUAUCAUACAUAUCCUUGGUAACAACUGGACCAAAGUUUACUAAAGUAGCACAAACUACUAGACAAGUGAAUAAGGAAGCUUACCCAUAUGUGGGACAAACUGCAGCUCCAAAAACACAAAUAACAAAAACAGCUCUUCAUGUAAAAAAUGAGAUAAAUCCACACAUUCCUACUAAUGCAAUUUACAUGACCACUAGUCCAUUACUAUCCCAAACAAGGCUUAUCCAAGCUACACAAACUACUUCGUCUCCCAGAUGGGGUAAAAUUUCACGGCAGUUUCCAUUUUCUAAAAUCAGAGAUAUUGGAAAACCUCUCAUAAUUAACACAUUCACUGUAUUAAAAUCACCUCAAAGCUCCACCCUGUAUACUCCUUUGUGGAAGACAGAUAAAAACAAUUACAUCAGAAACUGGUCUGAAAGAACAGGCCAUGUAGCCUCCACCACCAAUCCAGAAGGUUUAAAUUCAUUCUAUCAAACCAGAUUGGCAAAACCCAGAAUAAGUGGAGGAAAAUUUGCAGUGUUUACUGUCCUGGCUAAUUCAGAUGCUUUCAUUCCAUGUGAAGCCAGUGGUAAUCCUCAACCAACCAUCCAUUGGACCAAGUUACCAGCAGGAGCUGAUGCAUCAAAAAACAAAUAUGGUAACAGAUUUAAGAUUCUUCCCAAUGGUACACUCUCCAUUCAGAAUACAAACAUCCAGGAUCGUGGACAAUACUUGUGUGUGGCUGCCAAUCAACAAGGUUCAGACAAGCUUCUGGUCACUUUGUCUGUGGUUACCUAUCCACCAAGAAUUCUAGGAAAAAGUUCCAAGAUCAUUACUGUUCACUCUGGCAAGCCAGCAGUUAUGAAGUGUGCCUCUGAAGGCCGUCCCAUUCCUUCUAUAACUUGGAUCCUUGCAAACAAAACUCAAAUCUCUGAAUUUUCAGUGGAAAAUGAGGCUGUUUCUCUACACUCAGAUGGCACUUUACUGAUCAAGAAAGUCAAUGUUUAUGACCGAGGGAUAUAUACCUGCAGAGCAGAUAAUCCAUUUGGCUCAGAUACUAUGGCAAUAAGGUUGCAAGUCAUUGCUGCACCACCCAUUAUACUGGAAAAUAAGAAGCAACUUAUACUAGAGACCAUGGGGGGAAGUUUGAAGUUUCCUUGCACUGUCAAAGGAGACCCUCAUCCAACUGUUCACUGGGUUUUCCCUGAUGGAACAGAGGUGAAACCACUGCACCCUUAUCUAAAUGAUAAGGGUUUUUUGUUCCCUAAUGGAACACUUCUUAUCAGGAAUAUAGUUCCUUCUGACAGCGGUAAAUAUGAAUGUAUAGCAACAAGCUCCACAGGUUCAGAAAGGAGAGUAGUACUACUUCAAGUGGAACACCAAGAUAUAAUACCCCGAAUUGCAGCUACAUCCCAAAGAUGGACUCAGCUGAAUUUUGGGAAUAGGUUACUUCUGAAUUGCUCAGCUAUAGGGGAGCCAAAACCCAGGAUAAUAUGGAGAUUGCCUUCCAAAGCUGUGGUUGACCAAUGGCACAGAAUGGGAAGCCAAAUCCACGUGUAUCCUAAUGGAUCCUUAGCUGUUGAGUCAAUCACAGAAAAGGAUGCAGGUGAUUAUAUUUGUGUAGCACGAAACAGAAUGGGCGAUGAUUUCACCCUUUUGAAAGUCAGCGUGACAAUGAAGCCUGCAAAAAUUGAUCACAAGCAGUAUUUUAAGAAACUGGUACCUUAUGGGAAAGACUUCAAAGUGGAUUGUAAAGCUUCAGGAUCUCCUGAGCCAGAAAUAUCUUGGAGUCUGCCAGAUGGCACAACAAUCAAUAACGCAAUGCAAGCCGAUGAUAGUGGACAUACGCUGAAGAAGUAUACUCUGUUUAACAAUGGGACACUGUAUUUCAAUAAGGUUGGAAUGCUGGAAGAGGGGGAUUACACUUGCCAUGCUCAAAAUACACUGGGAAAAGAUGAGAUGAAAGUGCAGAUAAAAGUGGUUGCAGCUGCACCUCGUAUCAAGCAGAAUUUAAAGGCCUAUGCAAAGAUAAAAGCAGGAGAUGAUGCAUUCUUUGACUGUGAUGCUAUAGGGGAACCUAAGCCUAAAAUAUUUUGGCUGUUGCCUUCUAACAAAAUGAUUUUAGCUUCUACUCAGAGAUAUAGUCUCCAUAUUAAUGGAUCUUUGUCAAUCAUUAAAGUAAGGCUUUUAGAUGCUGGAGAAUACAUGUGUGUAGCACGCAAUUCUGGUGGAGAUGAUGCCAAGGUUUAUAAACUAGAUGUAAUCUCUAAGCCACCUCUGAUCAAUGGUUUGUAUUCUAACAAGACUGUCAUUAAAGCAACAGCUAUAAAACACUCAAAAAAGCAAAUAGCUUGCAAUGCUGAAGGAGAUCCUGUGCCCCAAAUUAUGUGGAUCAUGCCUGAUAAUAUUUUCCUAACAGCCCCAUACUAUGGAAGUAGGAUAACCAUACAUAGGAACGGGACUCUUGAAAUUCGCAAUGUAAGAUCUUCAGAUACGGCGGAGUUUAUUUGCGUAGCACGUAAUGAUGGGGGAGAAAGCAUGCUGGUAGUCCAUUUGGAAGUCCUUGAGAUUCUAAGGCGCCCAAUUUUCAGGAACCCAUUUAAUGAGAAAGUUAUAGCAAAACCUGGAAAAGCCGUAUUUUUGAAUUGUUCUGUUGAUGGAAACCCACGUCCUGAGAUAAUUUGGAUAUUACCAAAUGGUACAUGGUUCUACGUUGGUACUAGAACACUCCGGUUUUAUUUGGGAAGCAACGGCACCCUUGUCAUCAAUAGACUUUCUAAAGCAGAUGCAGGAAAAUACAGAUGUACAGCUAAAAAUCAAGUAGGCUACAUUGAAAAGUUGAUCAUAUUGGAAACUGGUGAAACACCCACAAUUUUUUUCCACUCUGGAGGGGAAAUAAAAAGUAUGAAUGGGGAAUCUUUAUCACUUCACUGUCUCGCUACUGGAAGUCCCAAGCCAAACAUUAUAUGGACGGUCCCCAGUGGCUUUGUCUUAAACCAGCCUCAAAUUAAUGGGAAGUAUUCAUUACUGGAGAAUGGUACCUUACUUAUUAGAGAAACCAAUAUUCAUGAUAGAGGAAGUUAUAUGUGCAAAGCUCAGAACUAUAUUGGUGAUUCAAAGGUAGUUGUUUUUGUAACGAUUGUGGGACAUUCACCAAGGAUUACAAAACGACCCCCAAGGAAUAUUCAUACUGUGGCUGGAUUGGCGAUUCAGCUUCAUUGUAUGGCAUUCGGGAUACCAGAUCCAGAAAUUACAUGGGAGCUGCCUAACCAUUCAUUAUUUUUCACAGGCAUCAAAGGUCAACUAUCUGGAAGUGAGACUAUUCACCCACAAGGAACAUUAAUAAUUCACAAUCCAAAUUCAUCAAAUUCAGGCAUAUAUAAAUGUGUGGCUAAGAAUCAGUUUGGCAGGGAUUUCACAGUGACAUAUCUUCAAGUUAUUUCAAAUGGGAAUAAAAUCUAAAAUGGACCAUUUGGCUUUCAAAGAUGUUUAAUCAAAACCAGUCAAAAGGCAUUUCAAUUUUGGUGCUAUUAUUACAAUUCUAACUUUACAGUUGUCAAGCUAAAAGACAUUUAGGUUUGGGAAGGUUUUGCAUUAUGACCUAGUGUUGAUUUUAAGACAAUAUUAAAAAGUAACCUUAAAAACUUAAGGCACUUAAGUUUCCAACAAAAAUAACAGUAAAAAUGACAACAUAUUCUCUAAAGAUACUUGCAAUACAAAAUAUUUAGCACAAUAAUGGAUUUUUAAAUGCUAGUUUUUAUUUCCCACUUGAUAGUAUAAACAGUGUAAAGCUUUUGAAAAACAUGAUUGCUGGUUUCAUUUAUUAUUGAUGUGAAUGACCAUUUUCUAAUUCUUGAUAGUUUCAAAUAUUUUACAACAAAGAAUAUGGAUUUGUUUGUAAUACUACAAUAUUCUUUCAUGCAGAAGUCCUUUUGUGGGGGCAGUGGAAGAACAAAUAUGAAAUACUUAUUUCAGUGCUUUUUAAAAAAAAAUAAAGCUUGCAUUAUUUUUUUACAAUGAAUGCUAUCAAAACUGCAUGUGAAGAAAUGAAAAUGUAAAUAUUAAUUAUAUUGCCAAUUAUUGUAUGUGAGGAAAUAUUUUUAUAUAUCAUAGGUUUUAAAGCAUACUAUUUAUUACCAGUAUGCUUUAUUGAAAGGCAAGAAAUCAUGUUUCUUUUUAUGGUCACAUGAAAUUAAUAUGAUCCAGAGUGCCCUUAAAAUAACAGAAAUGGUAUGUCCAAAAAUAUUGUCCUAGUACUAUACGUAUUAUGUACUAAACACAUGCAUAUUGUUCUUAAGCUGUCUUCUCAGGGCAAAUUUUUAAAAUAUGCAAGAAAGAACAUAAUUACUAAUAGGGAAAACUUAGCUGAGGAAGUGGAAGUAGCAAGGACAUCAGAAAAAAGUUACCAUGUAAUAUUGGAGAUAACUGAUUCGAAAGGAAACUAAAUCUGAAUACAAUAAAUAUGUAUAUUCAACUUUUAAAAAGUCAGAUUUUAAUAAAGUUAGCAAUUAUAAAAAUGGUUUUGUGUUAGGGAGAAAGUGAUAAGAAAGAGAGCUUAAAAAUAGUAAGAAUUUCUUUAAAGAGGAAGUAUACUAAAAGAACAAUUGCAAAUAAUUCCAAUGACCAACAAAUGGAAAACAGCAAAGUAAACCAAUGUGGAAAUUUAAUAAUUAUGAAAGUGAAAAUGAAAGAAAAGCCACCACUGACCAUCUGACCUGGUGCUAUGCGAGUCUUACAAAUUCUUUGAUAUGGGCAUUCUGCACCUCUUAGAAGACGAUGCUAAUGCUGAAGAACAUCUUUGAUGGCUAAAAAUGCCAUGUUAAAAACACAGUAGAUCCUUUUAAAAUGGACAAAGAUGUCUAGAAAGGAAUGUGUAUGGGAGGGGAUUGUUAUCAAACUCGAGUGGAUUACAAAAUUAUAACUCCCAAAAUAAAAUUUAGAAAUAUCAGCCAUCACAAUAGAAAAUUUCAGUGGGAUGUGAAUGAUGGUGGAUGGAUUGAGAAAUGAAUGCCUAUAGCUUGUUGGCUACUUAAAAGAAAUCCCCUUUCCUGAUAAGAUCAAAAUUAACAAUAAAUCGAUACUAAAAAUUGACAGAUUCUAUAAAGCAGUCUGGAUCUUUGAUUGGGAAGCAGGAAUGCACACAAAAAUUAAUUUUACUUAGCUUGAUUUAUCUGAAAUAUUUUAAGGAAAUAUGUAUAAUAUCUAAUGCAGGUAAAUGAAUGCUACAACUUAGCAUAAACUAUUGUAAAGAUGUUGAAGAACUUGAUCAGUGUGGAGAGUGGGAUUGGUAAAACAGCAAUAUAUCAAACUAUAUUACAAUGUAAGUUAAAAUCAUGACAAAUAUUAUAAUCUUUUAAAAAUUGUCAAAGUCAUUAGGAUGACUAAUGAUUACCUACCUCACUGAAUUUUUUGAGUAAUGGCUCAUAAGUAUCUACAUUGCUACAAGUACAGUACAUGAGUAUGUACACUGAAUGAAAAAUGUAAUAUAAAUCAACUAGGUUGGAAGCUGAAAGACGUUAUUACUGUAUAUUCAAACUUCCUGUAACAAGAAUCAAAGGUCCUUAAAUAUUCCUGAUCCUCUUUCAUAUUAAUCAGAUUAUAUGACCACGUAAAUAUAAUCUAAUAAAAAGCACAUGUCCUCGGCAGUGUUCCAAGAUUUCAGAAAUAAAUAGAAUAGAGUAAGAUCCCUUUUGGUUAGAGCCAACAAUCAUAGAUUAUACUUUUAGAUGUUAAAAAUGUGUUCUUGCAGUGAUCAGAUAGGAUGACUCUGCACUUGAUAGUUUUAAUCCAUCAGAAAGGAUAAGUCUGCAUUGUGUGAUGGUAUUUCAUGGGAAUGAGAUUAUAUAAAGAAUUAAGGGUGGGCAGGGGUUAUGCCCCUUCUUUUCUAAAUACCUCACGACAGUAUGAAUUUUGCAUAUUCACACUGAAAAAUGUGAAAGUAUACCUGUUACUGAAUGAUCAAAAUAUGAAAUUAUACCUGUUACGGGACAAUCAGUAGUGGGAGUUGAGUUCUACAGGCAGAAAUUGUUAAAUCCCCGGAAUCAAAGGGGAUGACAUCCUUGUGUCAGUGAAGGUUUGGAUUGUGAGUCUGAAUACAAGCCUAUUGGGAAAAUGUAACAUGGAACAUGGAUAAAAUUGGAGUACUGAUGGUGAGUAGCAGUUGUCCAGUGAUUGUGUAAUGAAUCCUCAUUUUCCGUACUGGCCAGUAGUCUACAUAGACAAACUAAAAAGAUCCUAUCUGUGAAUGCUAGAUGUUUCAGGAUAGUUGCUAUGAUGCCAGAAUUUAGACUUGUAAUUGUACUUCACGGUCUAUCUCAGUGGGCAGACUAACAUGAAUUACUGUUUGGACUCCACUUCACUUGUGGUUGUUUCAGUAUCAUCCCCUAAUACCUAGAAUUCCUCAAUUUACAAGCAGCUAGGUCUACAGCAUAGUAAGGAUCUGUCUACAAAUGGUCCUCACUGCCAUCCUAACAAACACAACUCUUUGUCAAUGCUUUGAAAGAGAGGGUAGUCUUUUUAGGCAUCCAUAUACAAAAUGACCAGAAUCUCCAAAAUAUAGGUAGACAUCUUGAAUGCAACAUUUCAGCUUUGUUCAGAAAGAAGAGCUCUGCUAAAUCUGAGUAGUAUGCAUGGAUUCAACUUCUAAAGUUGCUAGUGCAUGGGAAGGAAGGAAUGAAAAAGAAUAAUUGCUACAAGCUUCAUGCAGACAUGGCUAUAAAUCUCAGAUAACCCAUUAUUCAGGAAUUGUCUUAUUUGGUAGAAGUCUUGUAAGACAUGAAUCAACAAACUUACUUUCCUUAUUGCACGUAAGAAUGGAAAUCAUAUAAGCAGAGAUUGUCCAAUGCAAUACACAAAAAUCAAACUCAUUUAUAGGCAUAUGCUCCAGGAUUUAUAUUUAAUGGCUUUUUUCCCUCUUCUCUUUCUAAAUUCAUGGUCACCUGCCAUUCUCCUGAUGACCCUGAAAGACACCUGAUUUAUUUUAAGAAAUCGUUGUUUCUAGCACAUCUUCAUUUUUACACAGCCAAUCUGACAAUUUACUUAGCAGGAACAAAUUUUGUCAGGCUUACAUUUUUUUUAGAUAAAUAACUUAAUCAGAUCCUAUUGAUGGAACUGAAUUAUUCCUAGAGUAUGGCUCUGGAAACCAUAAGAAUAAGAAUAAUUCAGAGAAACUGAAUUUCCAGUUUUAAAAAUGACAGCAAGACAUAGAAGACUAGGAAUUAAGUCCCAUUAGGAGAGAAUAACGUAACUGGCAUGUUUAGCUUUUAGAGAAGAAAACUGAUAAUAUUUCAAACAAUGAAAACAGUGUGACCUAUUGCAGAGUAAGAAAAAUUGAAAUUACAAGAAGACAGUUUGCAGUUGUAUCUUAGAAUUCUUAAUCACGUAAUUCAGCAGUGGAAGCAAUUAACAAAUAGUGAUCACUGUUUGUAGGUUUACUUAUGCUAGGUCCACUAAAAGACUACAAGCAGAUGAUAGGCUAUCAUUUGUAGGAAAAACCUGAGCAGGACAUUGAACUCAAUGGUCUCUCCAAUGUUAUGAUUUUAUAAACAGUGGCUAUAGUUCAGAGGUGAACCAGUAAUGAACCAGUUCAGGCGAACCAGUAGUGGCGGUGGCAGGAGGCUCUACCCACCUGCCCAGACGUCAUCACGAAAGCUCUACGCAUUUGCAAACGUUCUAUGCAUGCGCACUCUAGGUAAGAGGAUUUCAUGCCUGCUAUAGUUUAAGUUUACAUUUUGUACAUUUAAACCUAUUGUUUGGAAAGAGGAUAAGAUAACUUCGUUGCCCAAUCAUGAGCUUCAAUAUUGAACCAAGAUUCUUGCUAUCAUUAAUAUGUAGACUACACAUCUUAAUUUUUUUCAACUUUGGAGGAUAUAAUUCAUUUUUGCUGAGUUUACUUUACACAAGAGUUAGGUGCAUGUAUAUGAUUGUGUGUGUGACUUUGUGUGUAUGUAUGUCUGUGUAUCCUAAUUUUCCUAAAUCUAUAGUUGUUGCUCUAGAAAUCCAACUUAUUUUUCUCCUCAAUAUGUUAGCUGCUGAAGGACUGGAGUUGCCUACUUUUCAUGCCCAGGUAAGAAAAAAGAUGAGAAUCAACAAACAUUUAUAUAUGGCUAAAUUCAACCAUUUACUUGACAACUUCAUUAAUUUUGUUAUAUGUAACACCAGGAGAAAAUCAAUAUUUCAAGGUUCUCUUAAGAAAUUUACUGUUAAAAAUGAUUUCCUGGUAUGAAUAAGAAUCUCAAGCUGACAUUUUCCCUGGCAUAAUUGACCUGGAAUGUGGUGAUUUAAAAUGCUACAUUUUGAACAAAUGUCCUGUAAACCAAGAUUUAGUCUACCUGUUUGUGAAUAUAAGUGCAUUGUUAUAACCAUACCUUAAAACCCAAACAUAAUAUUCUGUUUUGAUGUAUGAUGCACAAUUUACACAAUCUUAAUUUGUCUAUGCCCCUGUCAGGCAUUCUCUAUGCCAAUUCCCUUUUCAGAAAUAUAACUUCAAUCUUUUGCAGCCUAAGUGCUUUCGAGAUGCAUGGACAUGGUCUGCCCAAAUUGCUUGCCUGCAUGGCUACUGCUGAUAAUUUUGGAAGCAUGCAUACACAUCUGGAGUUUGUUCAGAGAGGGAAUAGUUGACUCAUAUUCUAACUGAAACUUUAUAAAGACUCAAGCAGCCAUAUUUGGCUUCAUAUAUUAUAAAAAUAAAGUAAUCAACAUUUCUGUAAAUUUGCCAGAUUCUUAUCAGGCACUGGCAACAAAAAGAAGAUUUUCAUCAUCAUUCAGUCUAAGAGCUUCCAGAAUAACUAUUACAGGAAAAAGAAUCUAGAAAAAAUAGGCCUUUUUAAAAAAACCUCCAGCCAAUUCUUAGUUUUAUAUUUCAAAUUCCAUAUCUAAAAAGCAUAUAGUAGUUUCUGAUUUGGAUUUUCACUGGGUUUUCUAUGCCAGUUAGGCAUAUUUUUGAAUAUUAUCAAUUCAGAAAUAUAUUUUUAUCAAUUUCACCUAACGAUAAGCCAGACUCCAUCCAAUGAUAAAAUCUCAGGACUAUUUGUUGAUCUCCAGAUUUGAUGGAUUGUCACCAAAUGAAACAUGAAAUGUAGGAAAACUGAAACACCUACCACCCACCUAUAGUGCUGGGAUGUGCCAUCUUUUGCACAUUAUAUAUUUAACCAGUGACUAAUAGUAAUAAAUAUUAUUCUGCAUUUGUUAUAAUUGCACAGACAUCAAAGAAUAUAAAAUCAGCAAUUUGUUGCAAUACCAAAUAUUUUUAAAAUAUAUUUACAACUGUUAAUUAUUUUUAAGAAAACAAAGUCUAUAAUAAGGAAAAUAGGCAUGGUUUCAUUUCAAAGGUAAAUAAUGUUAUACAUUCAAAUUACAAGAAAUUUCAAAAGUUUUUUCACAAUGUGCAACCUAAAUGUUUUCACAGUGUACAUAGUAAUUCACAGAAAUAUUUAUUACCCUAAAUAUUCUCAUAUCAUUAUGAGAAGAUAGAAAUGCAUUGGCUUGGUGUUGCAAAUUCAAAUUUUAAUCUAUAUCAAUGGACUGAUUUGCUUAAUAGACAUUAUUUCCUCCACAGUAAUCCUUACUGUAAUUCUAUCACAAGAAAAUUUAUAGUUAUGACAGAAUAUGUGGUAAAAUAGUCUCAAAUAUUUUAAAUAUGCCCUACAUGAAACACAUUCAAAAAUUUGUUCAUCUAACUCUAAAAAUACUCAAAAUUCACAAAACAGUUUCUUCUAUUUAGUCUUUACCCAAAUAUGAGCAAAUAUCACUUCCACAAAGUUAAAAUAGUUUCUAUUUCAGAUAUAAAUUCGUUGAAUAAUAUAGUUGUGCUUGUGCAACAAAGUUAUAAAUACAGAUGUAUUUACAUAAAUAAAAUCAAUGUUUUUAACUUCUGAAUACCUAUUAUACAAAAUGAAAAGUCAUUAUUCUAAGGCUCAGACGCUAAAGCCAAGUUCUUACAAACAAUCAAUACGGUGGAUAAAUAUUAGAUUCUACCACUGAGAUAACCAAACCUGAAUUCUACAGUAUAACAUCAGUUUCUACUUGAUGAUUCAUUACAAAAUGUACCUCCUCACAAAGCUAACACUGUAGGCAUGCCUCCUUAAUAGAUUAGUUGCUGUUAUGUAGCACAUGGGUGUCAAACUUGGGGUGACACCUUGCUGUCACAUGACAUAUCGUGACAUUUUCCCCCUUCACAGAGC